AACCAAGAUAUUAGUAGACGUUGGUACCCAAGUGAGUGCAAUUUGUAUCAGCAACUUCUCUCAAAUCUCCACAUUUCACUGAGAGAGUGUGCCAAAACUCUAAACUCUAAAGUGUGGGGAAUCUCAAUAUCUCAACACCAACUUAUUCACACUUCAUUCUUCUUUCUUUGACACUACUAAUUCACUGCAUUUCUCUUCUCUCACUCUUCCUCAAUCCCUCCUUCAUUUUUACUCUUAAUCAUCUUUGUCUACAAACAAACCCAAAAAAACUCAUAUUUUUCUUCGAUCUAAAACUAUUAUUAUAGUAUAAUCAUGAUAAUACCAUUCUUAUUCUGUCAAAUUCAUGUCAUUAAUGUCAGUUUUGAAUGAAAGUUGCAAUCUUUCUUACUUUUUCUUUCCCUUUAAAUCUCAACAAUAUUGAUGUAGUGAUGUGACUAAUCCUUAAUUGAAACAAACCCAUUAAUUUUUUUAAAAAAAGUUUGGUUUUUUUUUGUUUUUUUUUCCUGCAUUGUUUUGAGUUUAAAUACAAAACCCAGAUGUUGACUUGUAUAGCUUGUUCAAAGCAAUUGAAUGGUGGAUCUUUGAAUACUCAACAGCAAAGGGAAGAAGAUGAUGAUGCUGUUGUUGCUACACCCAGCAAAAAACAACCCAUCAAAACCCUUACUACUCAAAUUAAGGGGAUGGCAUUGAAGGCAUCAGGAGCAUACAAGAAUUGUAAGCCUUGUGCAGGAGGGAAGAAUGAUAAUAGGAAGAGUUAUGAGGAAUCAAAUGGAGGGUUUGGAUCUUCUGGAAGAUUCCAUUGUGGGUAUCAAAGAGCAGAUUCAACAGCUAAAACUUGGGGAAAUGAAUUAGAUGGAAGGGUUGUGAUUAAGGGAGUAGGAAUGGGGUUUUCGAGUGGAGAAAUGACACCGGUUUCAUUGAGUGGGAGGUCAGAGUCUGUGGUGUUCAUGGAAGAAGAUGAACCUAAAGAAUGGAUUGCUCAAGUGGAGCCUGGUGUUCUUAUCACUUUUGUUUCCAUGCCUCAAGGUGGUAAUGAUCUCAAGCGAAUUCGCUUUAGCCGCGAGCUUUUUAACAAAUGGCAAGCGCAACGAUGGUGGGCAGAGAACUAUGACAAGGUCAUGGAACUCUACAAUGUUCAGAAAUUCAAUCAACAGGGCGUUCCAUCAGGAACCCCUUCUAGAUCCGAAGAUGAGCACUCAAAGCUUGGAUCUGCACAGGGCAGUCCUGCAACACCACCUUUGAGCAAGGAACGUUUGCCUCGAAACUUCCAUCGCCCAACUGGGUUAGCAUAUUCUUCAUCAGAUUCUAUCGAUCAGCAUGCAGCUCGGCAAUACUAUGAAUCGUGUGGACUUACUUCAACUCCUAAGCUUUCAAACAUUAGUGCUUCAAAAACCGAGACAUCAUCAAUUGAUGCCUCUGCUAGGAGCAGCCUGUCGAGAGAGGUAGAUCACUCGGGUGAACUCUCUGCCAGUAAUGCCAGCGAUGUCGACACUGAAUGGGUUGAGCAGGAUGAACCUGGGGUAUACAUUACUAUUAGAGCAUUGCCUAAUGGCGCUCGUGAGCUUCGGCGUGUCAGAUUCAGUCGGGAAAGAUUUGGUGAAAUGCACGCAAGAGUGUGGUGGGAAGAGAACAAGGCCAGGAUCCAGGAACAAUACUUGUGAUGUGAGUUGCUCUUUGGCUUGAUGGGUUUCAGUUAGGACUAGAUUUUGUAUUUCCUUGUAGCUGCACGAGGUUUAAUCGACAAAGCAACACAACGACAAAUAUCGAACACACAGUGAUGGCGAAUAUCGGACACACAUACAACAAAAGUUUUCUAUUUCUUCACCUUGAGUUUAUAUAUAGAAAACUAUAUAUAGAAUUUUAAUGUAGUUGGAAGUUUGGUCGGAGUAUUACGUAGGAAGACGUUAAUGAACCGAGCUCAGUGGAUACAUAAGUCGAAAGAUUUUUGGCAUGAAUAGACAUGUAAAAAUGUGAAGUAGCUCGAUUUAGAGUAACCAAAACUCGAUUUGAGAAAUUGUUUGUAUACGCUUCCAAAUCGUCACUUAAAACCUUCCGUUACUUUUAUGCAUGUUCCUGAAUCAUCUUCUUCCAUGUCCAUACAUUAUGAAACAAAUUAUGAACCUUUAACAAGCUUACAAUGCAGCUAAAUGUGAUAUUCUUUUCAGUAGCCUG